ACAAUGUGGUUGGCCUGCUUCCAAUGCUAUGGAUCAGAUGCGUCAUUCUUUGUCAUCUCUGUAACAGCAAAUCAGGGAUAGUUAGAGGAGUAUAUUUUGUGUGUAUAUUGCAUUAGGAGACUUGAUGUGUUCUUGUAGACAUAUACACAUGGAUUGUGGGGUUAUUGCAGCUAACAGGAUCCUUCUGAAGAAGGUGACAAGGAAAUUGAGAAGAGGAACCAUGCCUGUGGAUGUGCCUUAUCAACAGCUGUCAGCACUGAGAUUCAAGGAAGAUCUUGAGGAUGAAGAAACUCAAGCCAAUGCCCCCCAUGUCAGUGUGGUGGUUGGAAAAGAAAGGAGAGUUUUUAAGGUGGAUCCUCAGAUUGUUAAAGAUGCGUUUUUUAGGGUUUUGCUGGACAAGGGCACCAUGAUGGAGGAAGACAAUUUUGCAGAUGGGCACAGGUGCAUGAUAUUGUUAGAGCAGUGUGACUCAAUUCUGUUUGAGCACAUCCUUUGGCUUGUGUAUAAUGAUGAUCCUUCAAUUCCUAGCGUCAAUCUAGAGGAGCUCAUUGAAUUCUAUGCUCAAGAUGCUCCUUGAUCAGAUUAUGCAAGCCUGCUUUAAUACAGAUCUGGUUAUUAUAGAGGAAAGAGAGAGAGAGAUCUAAUUGUCUUUCCAUUUCUCUUAUUGGGUCUGAUACAAAUUGCAUACUCUUAUAUUAGCUCUGUUCUUAGUCAUUCAGUUGGAUUUUAAGCCAAAUCUUAGUGUAUGAUAUAGUUUUUCUGCACCUAGGAUCAUAUAUUGGCUUCAUGGAUCAUCCUCAGGCAAUGUUAAGGUUACUGUAAUGGAGAAAAUUUCCCUUACAGUUAUAUAUAUGUUUAUUGGGAUUGUUAAUUGGUAAAUACCCAAUUCAAAAAUCAUUGCAGAUUUUAA